UGAGUCUAAAAUGCCAAAUACUUGCAACUAUUAUGUUAAUCACUGAAAUCUUAGUGUACUAAUUGCUCGCUAUAAGCUAGGUUAUUGCGCCCCUAAACCAACGUACUGACAACGCUACCUCCCCGGAACUCAAACUUUAACCGGGCAUGACUUGGUACAUCCAGUGACCCAGCAAAAGUAGCCUCGGUACAGCCAGAAGUAGCAACAAAUCGCAAAAGGGGAUCCUUCUAUACGCAUAUUGUACGUCCAUCACUGAAAUUUAUGUACUAAUUGCUCGCUUUAAGCUAGGUGAUUACGCCCCUAAACCAACUGACAACUCUACCUCCACGGAACUCAAACUUUAACUGAACAGUGAGCAGCCCACCAGGUAGAAUGUCCACCAUCACCCAAGGAAUUGAUCGUAUUCCUGAUUCUCUCGGCUUUCUGGUCCUCAAUGAAGAUGGUGCUGUACUUAGUGUUUUGCAAGCCAAAAGUGAAAUCAAGAUGGAGGUCGAAAUUGAUUGUGUUCCUAUCAAGAUUGGGCCUGUCAAGGAACACCUGGGACAAACUGAACAAAAUAACAGAGAAAUAGGAUCACCAAAAAGUGAUCAACGGUCGUGUGUUAUCAAAAGAGAGCCAUGCCAAGCAGAGCAGUUCUGGGAUGCUGCAAAUGUAUCUGUGUCAGAGAAUGGGGUUUGGCGUGACAUGAGUAAUCCCGAUUUACGUAUCUGGAAUAUGCAGACGGAUGCCUGUGACUUGAAUUUAGCCCGAGUUAAAACUGAAACCAGUGGCAUUGAUCCAAUGCAUUUCAAAAUUGCGCCCAUUGACUCGACCUUUCACCAAGGUCAAAGUGAAACAAACGACAAUGUUGAUUAUCGGGAAUUUCAAAAGGUUAAGAGGGAGGUUACGGAAGUCUCUGAUGUUCAGUCUCGCUCAACCUUGUAUAAAAUCUCAUCUGAUACUGAUGUUUACUCAAGUGACCGGCUAAAAUUUAAGAACGAGUCGAUGUUCAGUGACCAGGCUCUAGUUUGCAACAUGUCGGCAGCUACCCUGCUAAACCCUGUUCCCGCUGGAUUGAUUCAUGUGAAGCAGGAAGAAUACGGACAUGAAUCGUUGCUCGGGGGUCAAGAGUCAGAUCGUUGCCUCUCAGUCACCGGAAGUAGAGGACAAUUAAAGAUUGAGGUGGACGACUCACCUAACCCUGUUCCCGGUACGAUGCAGGAGCCAGAUGAACACAUGGAUGAUAGCUUGUAUCACCUUGGUGUGGUGAAAGCUGAACAUGUUUCUUCUAGCAAGUUUGCAUCGGAACUCCCAGUAAUUUGUGAAACAACUGGACUUAACAGAGUAUCAAAAUCAGAUGAAGACGUCCACCAGUCCGGAUGUUCAACCAAGACAUCGGUAAAAAGCUCUCUCACGGAACAUAAGGAAGUUUCGAAAUCCCCCAAACCGGGAGGAGAAUCUUACAAAUGUAAGGAAUGUAAGGAUGUCUUUUCAUGCGAACUUGAUCUUUUGAUACACAAGCGGGAUCACUUGCUGGACCGGAGAUUGAAAUGUGACCAGUGUUGUGAAACAUUUGAGUUCGACAGUUUUUUUGUUCGCCACCGACGUAUUCAUACAGGAGAAACACCAUUUAAAUGCGACCAGUGUGACAAGGCAUUUAAACAGAAAAGUACACUCAUAAUUCAUCAACGUAUUCAUACUAAAGAAAAACCUUUUAAGUGUUACAAAUGUGAUAAGGCUUUUGAGGAGAGAAGUCAUUUGACGUCUCAUCGGCAUAUUCAUACAGGAAAAAUACCAUUUAAAUGUGACCAGUGUGAUGAAGCGUUUGAGCAGAGAUGCGACCUUAUGACACAUCAAAAUAUUCAUACAAAUGCACGAGAAAAACCUUAUAAAUGCAGCCAGUGUGAUAAGACAUUCAUGCACAGAAGUGGGCGAAAGCAACACAAACUUACUCAUGAAGAAGAAAGGCCUUUUGAAUGUGACCUGUGUGAUAAAACAUUUACGCAGAGAGGUCACCUUAAGACACAUAAGCGUACUCACACUGGAAAAAAACCAUUUCGAUGUGACAUAUGUGAUUUAGCAUUUGCUUAUAGUCAUCAGCUUGUUCGGCAUAAAGAUCAUAUUCAUAUCGAGGAAGGCCUUCUGGACAUCAGCAUGAUGAAAUGAGUACAAACAACCCUGUGCUAGUUCAACGUUUGAGUUUGAAACAAGUCAGAUGCACAAACUAUUCUGAUCCAGCCUCUCGCAUUCAGGGCAUUUAUUGUGUUUUAUAUGAUUUUAC